AUGCAGAACGAACGCGGCCAAGGUGUUUCCCACGCCACUGACUCUUCCGUCCCCGGCAAGAUCCAAGAGAAGGCUCCCGCCAAGCUCGAGCACGAACUCCCUGACUCCGUCCACGACACCGGCUCAAACAAGCAAACCGGCAAAGUCAGCCACGCCGUCGGUGACAGCAAGGUCCCUCAGGCCCUGCAAGAGGCUCUUCCCGAGAAGGUCGAGCGUGCCGUUCCCAACGCCAUCCACGACACUGGUUCCAAGAAGUAG